CGCCGCCGCCUCCCCGGAUCCGUCCGCCCGCCCGGCCAGGGGAGGGACGCCCGGCCCGGCCGCUCCGCCGCUCGCCGCUCCGGCCCUCGUCCCGCGUCCGCCCGUCUUGCCGCCGCCGCUACGGGCCCGGACCUCCGCGCGCGGCGCUCCUCGCCGGCGGCGCCCCUCAGGCCUGCCCCGCGCGGUCGCCCGACUCUGCCCCGGGGAAUGGUCUGCGGACCGCGGCUUUGGAGACAGGAAGUGAGGCGGGCGCGCCCCAUGAGCGCGCGGCGGCGCGGGCAGGCGUGCGGGCGCGGCUGCGGCGGCCGCGCGGCGGGGCCCGGGGAGGCGGGCCGCUGAGCGGGCGCGCGGCCCCGAGGAUGCGGGCGCGGGUGCAGCGCUGGCGUGGAUGCUCCCCUCUCUUGGCCUUUGGAGACUCUGUUGCUUUUUAAUGGCGGCGGCCGCUGCUGGGUGAGCGGCGCAGAACUGGACAGUGUUCAUCCCUUCAGAAGAGGGCCACUUUCUCCCGGAGUCAUCGCUGCUGGAUUGGUGGGGGUGCUUUUCCUUCCUUGCCCCUCCAUUCUUGAAGGGAGAAGAUGCCACUGCCAUUUGGAUUGAAAUUGAAACGCACCCGGCGCUACACGGUGUCCAGCAAGAGCUGCCUGGUUGCGCGGAUCCAGCUGCUCAAUAACGAGUUUGUGGAGUUCACGUUGUCUGUGGAGAGCACUGGCCAGGAGAGCCUGGAAGCUGUGGCCCAGAGGCUGGAGCUGCGGGAGGUCACUUACUUCAGCCUCUGGUACUACAACAAGCAGAAUCAGCGCCGAUGGGUAGAUUUGGAAAAACCUCUGAAGAAGCAGCUGGAUAAAUAUGCGCUGGAACCUACCGUCUAUUUUGGAGUGGUGUUUUACGUGCCUUCAGUUUUACAGCUACAGCAGGAGAUUACCAGGUAUCAGUAUUACUUGCAGCUGAAGAAAGAUAUCUUGGAAGGAAACAUUCCUUGUACAUUGGAACAGGCAAUUCAGCUAGCAGGUUUAGCCGUUCAAGCUGAUUUUGGUGAUUUUGAUCAGUAUGAAUCCCAAGACUUUCUUCAGAAAUUUGCCUUGUUUCCUGUGGGAUGGUUACAAGAUGAAAAAGUAUUGGAAGAAGCAACCCAAAAAGUGGCCUUACUACAUCAAAAAUACAGAGGGCUCACAGCUCCUGAUGCUGAAAUGCUCUACAUGCAGGAGGUGGAGAGGAUGGAUGGCUAUGGAGAAGAGAGCUACCCUGCCAAGGACAGCCAAGGGAGUGACAUAGCCAUUGGAGCAUGUCUUGAAGGUAUCUUUGUGAAACACAAGAAUGGAAGGCCUCCUGUGAUAUUUAGGUGGCAGGAUAUUGCUAACAUGUCCCACAACAAGUCCUUUUUUGCAUUAGAGCUGGCAAAUAAAGAGGAGACCAUCCAGUUUCAAACUGAAGACAUGGAAACAGCAAAAUAUGUAUGGAGACUGUGUGUCGCACGACACAAAUUUUACAGAUUAAACCAGUGUAACUUGCAAACUCAGACUAUCACAGUGAACCCAAUCAGGAGGAGGUCAUCUUCAAGGUUGUCUCUGCCUAAACCCCAGCCCUAUGUGAUGCCUCCCCCGCCCCAGCUGCAUUAUAAUGGACAUUAUACAGAGCCAUAUGCUUCUUCCCAAGAUAACCUCUUUGUGCCCAACCAGAAUGGAUACUAUUGUCACUCCCAGACAAGUUUGGAUAGAGCUCAAAUGGACCUCAAUGGUCGAAUCCGUAAUGGUAGUGUCUACAGCGCACAUAGCACCAACUCCUUAAAUAACCCUCAGGCAUACUUGCAGCCCUCCCCUAUGUCCUCCAAUCCAAGUAUUACUGGAAGCGACGUCAUGAGACCCGACUACAUCCCCACUCAUCGGCACAGUGCCCUGAUACCCCCGUCUUACCGCCCCACCCCAGACUACGAGACUGUGAUGAAGCAGCUCAACAGAGGCCUGGUGCAUGCCGACAGGCAGAGCCACUCGCUGAGAAACCUCAACAUUGGCAAUUCCUAUGCAUACAGCAGGCCAGAUGCCCUGGUCUACAGCCAGCCCGAAAUUCGGGAGCACGCGCACUUCGCCUCUCCGCAGUCGGCCCACUACCCGUUCAACUUGAACUACAGUUUCCACAGCCAGUCUCCCUACCCCUACCCUGCCGAGAGGCGGCCGGUGGUGGGCGCUGUCAGUGUGCCGGAGCUGACCAACGUGCAGCUCCAGGCGCAGGAGUACCCGGCUCCCAACAUCAUGAAAACCCAGGUGUACCGCCCGCCCCCGCCCUACCCGUACCCGAGGCCCGCCAACAGCACCCCUGACCUGUCGCGCCACCUCUACAUAAGCAGUAGCAACCCGGACCUCAUCACCAGGCGCGUCCACCACUCGGUGCAGACGUUCCAGGAGGACAGCUUGCCCGUGGCCCAUUCCCUCCAGGAGGUCAGCGAGCCCCUGACGGCCGCCCGGCACGCGCAGCUGCAGAAGAGGAACAGCAUCGAGAUCGCGGGGCUCACGCACGGCCUCGAAGGCCUGCGGCUCAAGGAGCGGACCCUGUCGGCCUCAGCGGCCGACGUGGCGCCGCGCCCGCAGGCCCAGGCCGGCGUCCUCGCCGAGCGGACCAAGCCCGAGGAGCCCGACGAGCAGGAAGGCGUGAGGUGUGGCCACAAGAAGUCUCUCUCGGACGCCACCAUGCUGAUACACAGCAGCGAGGAGGAGGAGGAGCCCGAGGAGGACGGUGCGCGGGCGCUCCCGGCGCGGCGCGAGCCCGUGCAGCCCGCGGCCUUUGCCCACGAGCCGCCGCCCGGCUGCCCCUGCGCGCCUGGCGCCCCGCUGCCCGGACCCCUGCACAUCUUCGAGCCCAAGCCCCACGGGGCAGAGGCAGAGCAGAGGGUGAGGGAAGGCGGCCCCGUCCACGCGACCGCGGAAGCCCGGCGGCCCCGACGGGACGGGCUGCUGACGCCCUCCAUGUCCGAGUCCGACCUGACCACGUCCGGGCGGUACCGCGCCAGGAGGGACUCCCUGAAGAAGAGGCCGGUGUCAGAUCUGCUCUCUGGGAAGAAGAACGCGGUGCAAGGGCUUCCGCCCCUGGGGGGAAUGAAAAAGACUCGAGUAGAUGCAAAAAAAAUUGGUCCCCUUAAAUUGGCUGCCCUCAAUGGACUCUCCUUGUCUCGACUGCCUCUGCCUGAUGAAGGAAAGGAAGUAUCCACCAGAGCGACAAAUGAUGAAAGGUGUAAAAUUCUGGAACAGCGGUUAGAACAGGGAAUGGUAUUCACAGAAUAUGAAAGAAUUCUUAAAAAGCGGCUAGUUGAUGGAGAGUGCUCAAUCGCCCGACUCCCUGAAAAUGCAGAAAGAAAUCGAUUCCAGGAUGUCCUUCCCUAUGACGAUGCAAGAGUGGAGCUCGUCCCAACCAAGGAGAACAACACUGGUUACAUCAAUGCAUCACAUAUCAAGGUCUCUGUCAGUGGAAUUGAAUGGGAUUAUAUUGCCACACAGGGACCGUUACAGAAUACCUGUCAGGAUUUUUGGCAGAUGGUAUGGGAACAGGGAAUUGCAAUUAUAGCAAUGGUGACAGCAGAAGAGGAAGGUGGAAGGGAGAAGAGCUUUAGAUAUUGGCCACGACUUGGUUCCAGGCACAACACUGUCACCUAUGGAAGGUUUAAGAUCACAACCCGGUUCCGCACAGACUCUGGCUGCUAUGCCACCACAGGCUUGAAGAUGAAGCACCUUCUCACGGGGCAGGAGAGGACAGUUUGGCAUCUCCAGUACACAGACUGGCCUGAGCACGGCUGUCCCGAAGACCUCAAGGGAUUUUUAUCAUACCUUGAAGAGAUCCAAUCUGUUCGACGUCAUACAAAUAGUACAAGUGAACCAAAAAGCCCCAACCCUCCACUGCUGGUCCACUGCAGUGCUGGCGUAGGAAGAACUGGUGUUGUCAUUUUGUCAGAGAUCAUGAUUGCUUGUCUGGAACACAAUGAGGUGCUGGACAUCCCGAGAGUGCUGGACAUGCUGAGGCAACAGCGGAUGAUGCUGGUGCAGACCCUCUGCCAGUACACCUUUGUGUACCGAGUUCUUAUUCAGUUCCUGAAAAGCUCCAGGCUCAUCUAAGCUCCCAGACCUUCUUAUGGGGACCCAUCACGUGAAGCGUUUACAGCUAAAACAAAGUGCUUGCCUAACUCGUACUUUCUCCUGGACACCCACCUGCACCGAGAUCCAUCACAACACGCGGUGCAGUGUGAAUAGUGGCAUGCGGAAGGAAAACCACAGAGCACGAGGCCGCCGCUGGGGCUUGGGACCUGGGGAAGGUGCGGAAGAACGAGGACUGGGUGUGAGGGCGUUGCCCAGCCCUGGUCUGUCCAGUUUGCAGUACUUGCACACAUUUUGGAGAUUGUAUUUUUUAGACAAUUCUCUAUUUUACUGAAGCUAUGCUGGGCAAUUCUGGCAAUCAUUAAGACGCAUAGAUUUCUAUCUUGUAGAUUUCUAUCUUAAACUAGUUUUUGAUAAUGGAAUUUUAUGUAAUGACUGAAAUAUUUAGGGGUUUUCUUAGCAAGAAACUGAACUUUCUGUGGGGAUGAUCCACAGACUUGAGUGGUUCUUGUAUAACUUUGUAUUUAAACCAUGUUACUACCUUUGUUAUUUAAAACAACAACAACAACAAAACCUUGGGUACUUAAUGGGUUAGUCACUAAGCCCAAAACUCAAAGGAAAAUCUAAAAGUGUUAUUUUGAAACAUAGAAAGCAUUUUUAUAUUCAAAAAGUUUUUUUAUCAUAAAAGUUCUAUAUAUUUGUACCUUCUAUAUUUUCCAAAUGAGCUCAACUCAUGAAGACACUGCAGUGAGUCAGUUAAUAUAAAGGAGAGUUGGGAACGAAGGCAUAUUAUUUUGAAUGUAAGAGAAUCAGAUUAUUUUUUCAGUAUUAUUCGUAAACCUAAAUGAGUUUGAUUUUAUUGGUUAAAAAUGAAGUGAAAAACAAUUGCAUUGGAUGGUUUUAAGCACUUUUUUUUGUUAAAGAUAAAAUCUGUUCUAAUAUAUGUGUGGUUUAUAUUUGAAACAUAACAAUGGGUGUUGUUUCAAAAGUGUUUCUAAGAGAAGGAUUAAGAGUAUGUAGGCUGACCUGGACAAGAGUAAGUGGCAUGUGAUGGUACAAAAUACAGUAUUAUCUAUACUCAGACCAAGAUGCCAGGGUUUAGCGUAGGAACUGGUGAGGGUGGACACCCAUCCUGUCCUGUCCCCAGUGAAGUCAAGGCCUGUUGCUGUCAAUGACUUACUGUUUCCUUGGAGUUCUUCCACCUAAACCUGUAUUUUUUUCCCCACAAAUAAUUCAGAUUUAUAUUUCAUUAAAAGAAGGCUUCAAGAGGCUUUCUUUUGGUUUAAAAGUAGGGAUUAUUAAUAAUAGUUUUACCUUUUCUUCCAAAACCCCAGCCCAAACUUGAGGGCCACCAGAAAUUGCUGUGGUGUUCAGAAGGUACUUGAAUUGUAGCUCCCUAAUCCCCUAACUUCAGCCCUGUGGUCGGUGUUAGGUACUUAGUGCCUCCACCCUUCCCAUGUAGACACCUCCCACUGGACAGCCAGCUGAGCUGAAGGGGAGAACACUGACCUGGGCCCUGGCUGAAGUGACCUCACUCAGCUGCUGUUGAGUAGGUGAGGGCAAAUUGGUACAAUUAGCUGAAGAGCCAUCUCCUUUUCCCUGAGGCUGAUUCCUCACCGUGGAGAGACCCAAAAUGUCAGAUCUAGGGUUAUUUCCCCAAAUUACAAUAUUCUGGGCAUUGUUCUGAGUCUCAACUCCCUCCUGAAGUGUUCAACUUACUGUUGUGAAUGCUGUGUGUCAUCAGUCAUGAGACAGGACUUCCCACAUGAGUGUGCACCAGUCUAACUGAUUGAUCCAGAAACCAGCCACCUAUGGGAGGCAUUCAGAAGGUACUGCAGAUAGUGGAUAUUGAAAGUGGACACGCUUCUUUCUUAGGAAUGAGAGAUCAAUUUUUUUAAAUCUCAAAUUGUUUUAAAAGUUGUGGUUAAAGAAUAAUAGACUGAAGUGAAAAUAUUCAGAAAGAGCUCCCCAGAUGAUUAUGUCCCAUCUCCCAUCUCCAUUAAAAGAUGACAAAUUUUUUUUCCUUCAAAUGGUACAUUUUUUAAAAAUGCUUUCCUAUCAGGCUUACAUUUUUGAAGUGUCCCAUUGAUAACAUAUUUUAAAACAAAGAUCUAAUUAAAGAGUAAUAUAUGAUACAUUUGUGUUUCUGUUGUAAUAAUUUGAUAAAUAAAUUUCUUAAGAGGGCAAAAUUUUUGUUGUUUAAAUCUGUCACUCUGAAGAAUGUUGCAUGUUUGGCAUCGCUUCUAAGAGCCAUGUAAUUUUAAACUUUUAAUUGCAGUUAGCAAAUAUGAAUUUCUGAAUAAAAAUAAAUCUACAUUA